GUCGGGGUGAGACGUCCGGGGGUGAGACUGGCACCGUCAGACGGUCUCAGGGCGGUCGAGUGGUGGCAGACCGCAGGAUCGGUGUUCCAGCUACUGGUUUGUGUUCAGAGGACAGUGCGAGGUACGGAAGGCCUGAAGAGCGUGAGUCACUGGUAAUCGUGUGUGAUCUGCGGAACGGUAUAGCGGAACCAGGAGGGUGGCGAGGCUGAAAGGGCAGAGCCGACCACUCGGAAGGGUCUGUACCGGGAGGCCAGGUGUGGUCACCGGAGUGGGACAGUAGCUGUACAGCAGCGAGACAGGUGGAGCUGAGACCGGACAGUGACCGGACAGUGACCGGACAGUGACCGGACAGUGACCGGACAGGUGCAGGUGUCUGGGCGGGACAGUGACCGUGGAGCGUUUUAUUAGGAUAGUGGCGUGGAGGCUGUGUUUGAUUGGGACAGUGGCUGGAGAGGAAGUGCUUGAUUGUAACGGUGCUCGGAGAGGUGAGCUUCAGGACACCUGCUGACAUAUUCGUCCGGAACUAGACGGUGACACGAUAGUGGCUAUUCGCUGGGGACCACGUGAAGUGCCAACUCCGAGUUACUGCUUCGCUUCAGAGAGGUGCACCAACUGAGCAGCCAGACUGAGCGUGAUUGGAAGAGCGUUACUCCGGGGGGAGUAUAAAUAAGGACACGAUGACGGCGUUACUGUGGCUGCUGCUACUGCUCGGAAGCUCUUUGUUAUGUGCAGCUGCAGGACAAGAUUAUGAAGUGGCCGAGAUCCGGUGCAGUUUCUCCGGGGACGGCGGCGCUCCGGACCGCCUCUCGGCCCGGCUCCGGAAACCCCCCGGAUUCCGGGGCGACCCGCUGUUCGCCGACGACCGUCAGGUGAUCCCCCAGCUGGACAGCGCGUGUCAGAUCCGGGCCGACCCGAGCGACCCGGACCGACUCAUCUACAGCCUGCUCGUCACGGACUUCUCCCGCUGCGGGGUGCUCAAACGAGACGGUUUCGUGAACGUGCGGCUGUGGUUUCCGCAGCUGCCCGGAGUGGUGAUGAUGUCCGACCAGGAGGUCAUCAUCAUGUGCAAGCCCACCCAGGCGACCGUGGUCGAGGAGCGCGUGGCAGCCUUCGCCGGGAGAGUCCCCUCCGGCGGCCGUGUGUCCGGCGUCGUGGAGGAGUCGCCCGGCCGGCUGGAGUACGAGGUCGGCCUGUUCCGGGAGAACAGCCUCAACAGCGGCAAGUUCAGCGUGCCCGUCGACGAGCCAGUGCCGAUCGGGACGCGGCUGCAGCUGCUCACCAGGAUCAGCACUGACGCCGCGUGGAAGUACGCCGAGCUGCUGGAGGUGACGGUCUCCGGCAGUCAGACCGACCCGUACGCACCGGGAUUCGUUCAGCUCGUCCAGGACAGCUGCCGUAACCCGGAGCUCACGUCGAUCGUGCUCACCCAGCCGUACCAGACGGCCGAGCGGCCGCACGAGGUGCGUCUGACCCUGGAGGCCUUCCUGCUGGGCCAGGCGGACGGCCAGCAGGACGCCACCCAGCUGUGGCUGCACACCAAGGUGCUCGCCUGCGCCCGAAAGGACGACUGCAAACCGGCGUUCUGCCUGGACCUGUUCCAGCCAUCGGGUCACGGUCGCCGCCGCCGCCGCUCGGCCAGAGCGCCCGUCACCGAGGCGCCGACCACCGCGCGCAGUCUGUCCUCCAACCUCACCAGUUUCGGGGAUAACAUCGGCAUCAAAGUCGUAAUGCCCGAAGAUUUUUACGUGGCCGCCUCGCGGAUGCAGAGUUCGUGCUCGUCGUUCGCCGUGCUGAUCUCUCUGAUGGGCUGCUUCCUGGCCAUCUCGUGUGGUCUGCUCUGCUUCCUCGCCGUGCGGUUGCAGCGCUCGCUGGCCGCGCAGAAACGAGAGUCCCUGGACGACGUCAUCUUCCGGCACAUGCGUCAGCUGGAGAGGGAGCGGGAGCGCGUGCGGAAGCUGCACCACGAGAACCUCAGCAACCCCGAGUACGCCACCGACACGAGCACAAUCUCAGCCGGCUCCGUGGCCGAGUUCUGAGAGACGAACUGCUCUCCCGGAGCGAGGCAAUCGUGUGUGCGAUGGACAUGAGUACAAGUGGCGGAAUAAUGAGCGACGCUAGGUGAGUCGAAGAAGCGGUGUGAUGCCGAACGAUUACAAUGCUGAAAGGUGGCGUCUUGUGAAUGUAGCGCAAGUAGGCGUGUUCGCAGAAGCGAAGGGAAACGCGGAGAGUUAUAGAAGCAUAGAUAAAAAGACAGAAGGGACGAUCUCGACAGGAACGCACAGUUGAGUCCGAAGUUGUCAGAAGUGUCACAAGAAACGGAAGUCGACAUCUAGAUUAAGCUUUCUUAUUUCGCUUAAUAAGUAAAAUAAGAAAUUGGGCACGAGUAGCCGCGAGUAAGCUGUGUCAUAGCCACAGUUCACCAAUGGAUAUAUCCGAUACCUAACUGGACUUGCGUUCCGCGGUGACGUGUUCCCACAGUCACCGUCGUGUUGCCCAUCCGCCGUCAAGCACGCGGUUCAAGGGAUGUUCCGGAACAGGCCAGUGCGUGCCGGUCCGCUGCCGCGCUCCGCCCGCCCGUGACGCCCGGCGCCGGCCCGUGGCGGCCUGUGACGGAACGUGACGAGCGGGUCGUGCCGGGGUGACCGACCCGGACACUUCUGCCGGCCAUCAACCCAGCAAUGUCUGCAGUUGCAGUUCAGCACCGUCGUGACAGGGAGCCCCGGACGGCGAAUGAGCACGCAAAGACGAGGAAGAGGCAGAGUGUCACGAAGAGAAGCAGGGUGUCUCGGACAGAUAAAGUGUCAUUCCCGGUCGGCAUAACUACCCAACAGUCAUGACCGUUUGGGGAUGACCAUGAAAAUGUCCUAGCCGACACAAUCACUAAGUUUCCAUGACACGUCUAAAUCGAUUUAGCGAAAUUUCACGUGCGUUUUU